UCCAGACUCAACAGAAGAAAUGGCGAGGAAGAAGAAACGAAGCUGGAAGGUACCAAAGAUUUUAUGGAGGAUCUUCAAUGAGAAAGCAAGGAGCCUUGCCACCACUAUUACUUGUAUAAUCCCUCCUCCUCCUUCUCAGCCUUUUCCAAUUCCUUGCCGUUGCGAAGGCCGUUCUUGUCUUCAAUGCCGUGAAGAUCCCAUUUCUUUUCUCCUUCGACCCGAUGACCCUUUGGAUUAUAAGAAGCUUCUCCACGAUUGCUUUGUCGUCGUUAAUGACGAUGCUCCUUUCCUUGAGUUUAAUCCUGGUCGACAUUGGUCUCAAAAGCAGAUUGUGGGAAGGGUUAUUGAGAUGAUGUUAUUUCAAAGACCCAAGCCUUGUAAUUUAAUAUGCACUGGUUACAACAAGCUUACAAGAUCAAGCAUGAUUGUAGAGCUUUUGACUUCUUCAGCUUGGGAUAUUCUCCUUGAAAGGGUUGGGGAUGAGUGCAUGGUUUAUCUACUAUGGCAUACAUCAAUAUUUUUGCCCCUUUCUCACAAGAAACACCUUCAAGUUGCAGGUUCUCCUAUCAAUAAGUUAUGCAAGAAGUCGUCGAACAAUGAAACAAAACCCAAAUCUGGAGCCGGAAAGAAAAGGAAGGGAACUGAUAAUAGCAUUUCAGUGACAAAGAGGCAGCAAUGUAGUUCCCUUUCCAGUUAUGACAUUUAUUGUGCUGGUUCCAGAAUUCAAGAAGCUGUUGCUAAGUCUUCAAAUGGAGAGCUUCAAAGAAGCUCAAGUCAGACUGCAGAAAAGCAUAAAAAGUUUUAUAGACCUUUUGAUUGGAAACGCCAGAAGAGGCACAGACAACUAAAUAUUCCAGAGUGCAGACAUGAGACCAUCUCCAGAGCCAUUUUUUCUGAUGAAAGUUGCUUACCUGGGAAUCUCAAGUCCCCCUCCAACGUGAGUCAGAUGCCAGUUCAAUGUUCUUGUUAUUUGAUGCUGAAAGCUCCCCAAUUAUUCUCCCAUUGGAAUGAGAUUAACAGGAAAUCUAUGUUCUAUAAUUUGGAAUGUUCUUCAUCUGUUCUUCCACAAGAACAUUUACUAAAUACCUUAGUGCCAAAUUUUUCAAGCUCAAAGCAUCUCAUGGAGAAUAUAUUUUGUUUGUCUGAUGCAAAUGUAAGUGGUCAAUCAACGCCAUGCUCCCAUGACAGUGACUUUUGUCUCGUUGGAUCUUCUUGCCUGUAUCACUCCUUUCUUAAGUUGCUGAAGAUGCUUAUACGCAGAAGUAGACGUUGCAAGUCUUCGAAAUUGUUGGAGAAGUAUUGUCCACUAUCAUCUUUCAAUCAAAAGGCUAUGGGAAAAUCAAGCACAAUAGUUGAGAGCAAUGUAUUGGACAAAAGAGUGCUCAAGGAAUCUCAUGGUGUUGGUGCCAAAGAAUACAACAAAAUUCUGGAAGCUGAUAAUGCGCGGCUUGAGUCGACCAAGCCUUAUUGCUUACAAAGUCAGGUAGGGGCAUUUAUAUGGGCUGUUUGUAGAAGUAUAGUUCCUCCAGAUUUGCUGGGAACUCCUUUUAACUGGAGAAUACUAAGGAGAAAUAUUUUCAAAUUUAUUCGGCUGCGAAGAUUUGAGAAGUUCUCUAUGAAGCAGUGCAUGCAUCAGUUAAAAUGCUCUGAUUUCCCCUUUUUAUCGAAUAACCAUACUUCAUGCUGCUUGAAUGGACAGGUGCCAAAGAAUGGCACAGGGCAGAAGAAAUUCAGUGAAGCAAGUUUUAGUAUACAUGAUAUUAAGCAUAAACUAUUUGUCAACUGGAUUUUUUGGUUCUUUUCUUCUCUAGUGGUGCCAUUGGUGCAAGCCAACUUCUAUGUCACUGAAAGUGAGCAUGGGAAACAAGAUGUUUUUUAUUAUCGAAAGCCAGUUUGGGAGAAGUUGACAGAUCAUGCCAUCACUUGCUUGAAAGAUCGGAGCUAUCUUGAAUUGGAUGAGGCUGCUGUUAGAGAAAUAAUAGACAAAAGACCAUUUGGUUUCUCAAGGUUGAGGCUUUGUCCAAAACAAAAUGGAGUAAGAAUGCUGGCAAAUCUUAAAGCAUCCUCAAGAAUGAUGGAAGGAGGAUCCUGUUCAAAACAUAAAUGUUCUUGGAUGCACAGAAGUUUAAAAGCAUGUUCUAGUAAAGUUAAGUCCAAACGCUUUAAAUCUGUUAACUCUGUUCUUCGUGGUACACAUGCCGUUCUAAAAGGUUUGCUGUUGAAAGAACCAGAGAAGUUGGGGUCAUCGGUUUUUGAUUAUAAUGAUGUCUAUAGAAAGUUAUGUCCAUUUCUAACCACUCUAAAGAAUGUAUCAACAACUGUGCCUGGUCUAUUUGUUGUGGUUGCUGAUGUUUCAAAGGCAUUUGAUUCUAUUGAUCAGGAUAAGCUGCUUAGCAUAAUGGAAGAUGUCAUAAUGAAAGAUGAAUAUCAUUUACAGCAAAUUCGUCAAGUUGGCUGUUCAAGCAGAUGUUUAUGGGAUUAUGAGAAUCUCAUUUUGGUUGAUGAGACUGUCAACACGGGUUCAAAGUUAAUGUCUUCUGUCCCAGUUCGCUCAUUGUCUAGCAUUCUUGUUAAUCAGGGGUGCAGCAGGCUUCUUAAAAAGGAAGAGCUGUUUUCUAACCUAUAUGAGCAUGUAAAGCGUAAUGUGCUUCAAUUGGAUAAGAAGUUUUACUUGCAAGGAAUGGGGAUACCUCAAGGAAGUGUGCUGUCAUCUCUGCUUUGCUCAUUAUAUUAUGGGUAUAUGGAAAAGCAUGAGAUCUUCCCAUAUCUUGAGAAAACUUUUGAACCUGCUGCUGAAGAUUUAUCCGCAAGACAUGUUUUUUCUGAUGCCUCAGAUGCUCGGAAUUCCAGUGAGGAUGCAGUUAUCUUUCCCCCUACUUAUUUGCUUCUAAGAUUUAUUGAUGAUUUUCUUUUCAUAUCAACUUCGAAAGAGCAAGCUAGUGGUUUCUUGUCCAUGUUGCGUCAAGGAUUUCCAGAUUAUAACUGCUACAUGAAUGAGGAAAAAUUCUGUCUAAAUUUUGACAUCGAACAUCAAGCUGGGCUUUUAUCAAAUAGGAUUUAUGUGGUUGAUGAUGGAACUUCAUUUCUUCGAUGGAGUGGUUUGCUCAUAAACUGUUGCUCUUUAGAAAUUCAGGGUGAUUAUACAAGGUAUUUGGACAACCACUUAAGUUCCACUCUUACUAUUCGCUGGCAAGGUAAACCGGGUAAUUAUCUAAAAAAGAAGCUGUGCGGCUUCAUGAGACCUAGGUGCCAUCCCCUAUUCUUUGAUUUAAAUAUCAAUUCCGCAUCUGUUGUCAGAUUGAACAUCUAUCAAGCUUUUCUGUUGUCUGCAAUGAAGUUCCAUCGUUAUGUCUCUGAAAUAUCAGACAUUUUCAAACCUUUUAGAAGAUAUUGUUUGAUAAUCAUUGAAAGAUCCUUCAGGUAUAUGCAGAGGCUGAUAGGCAAAAGAAUGGGUUCUAUUCGUCUGGGUUCAGGCUUGUCUCCUGUUCUGAAACUGAUGAAGGAAGAAGUUGUAUGGCUUGGAUUAAAUGCGUAUAUCGAGGUAUUAAAGAGGAAACAGUCAAGGCAUAGGGCGUUGCUGUCUAUGCUAAGGUGUAAGUAUUUUGCUCAUAGAAUUACAGGGAAUGAGUCAUCUGAAUUAAGAUAUGCAGUUAAAAGAUCACAUUCCUCUUCCUUAUGGAAAAUAGAGUACUGAUGGGAAGGUGAUAUUGAUCCUCUUGCUUUUGUUUCUCACAUUACCUUAAUGUUAUUGUACUGCUUUAAAAGGGUUAUAUUCAAGUUUCAUCAUUCAUAUA